AUCCUCAUUUCAUGCAUGUCCAGGGGUGGCAGGUUCGAUUUUGACGAUGGAGGGUCGUAUUGUGGAGGUUGGGAAGAUGGCAAGGCUCAUGGACAUGGCAUCUGCACCGGCCCAAAGGGCCAAGGGGAGUACGCGGGCUCUUGGAGCCAUGGCUUCGAGGUGGUUGGAGUGUACACCUGGCCAAGUGGUAAUACCUACCAGGGGACAUGGGCACAAGGGAAGAGGCAUGGCAUCGGAGUGGAGAGCAAGGGAAAGUGGGUCUACAAGGGCGAAUGGUGCCAUGGUUUCAAAGGACGAUAUGGGGUUCGGGAGAGCAUUGGCAGUGGAGCCAAGUACGAAGGGACCUGGAACAAUGGACUACAAGAUGGGUACGGAACAGAGACCUACAGAGAUGGAGGUACCUAUCAAGGGCAGUGGAUUGGAGGAAUGCGUCAUGGGUAUGGUGUGCGUCAGAGCGUUCCCUAUGGGAUGGCUGCUGUUAUCAGGUCUCCCCUCAGAACUUCUAUUAACUCUCUAAGAAGUGAACAUAGUAAUGGUACAGCCAUACACCCAGACAUUCCAGCUGGAAGUCCUGCAGGAUCAAGGGGGGGCUUUGUUCUCACUAUGCAUAGUGACAAUGAUCUUCUUUCAACCAAAAACAAAAAGAAAGGGAUUUUUCGCAGAUCCCUUUUAAGUGGGCUGAAACUCCGGAAGUCCGAGUCCAAAAGUUCCUUGGCUAGCCAAAGAAGCAAGCAGAGCUCAUUUCGAAGUGAAGCUGGGAUGAGUACGGUCAGUUCUACAGCCAGUGAUAUCAAUUCCACAAUUAGUUUUGGUGAAGUUGAGACAGAUUUGUCAGUCAUUGAAGAUGAUAUAGAUGCAACAACAACAGAAACCUAUGUGGGAGAAUGGAAGAACGACAAACGCUCUGGGUUUGGGUUAAGCCACCGGUCUGAUGGCUUGAAAUUCGAAGGGGAGUGGCUGAGCAACAAGAGGCACGGUUAUGGAUGUACAACAUUUCCAGAUGGAACAAAAGAAGAAGGCAAAUAUAAACAGAACGUGUUGGUGAGUGGGAAGAGGAAGAACUUGAUUCCUCUACGGACAAGUAAGAUUCGAGAUAAAGUGGAUAGGGCAGUGGAAGCAGCUGAACGGGCUGCAGCUAUUGCCAAACAAAAAGCUGAGAUUUCUGCAUCCAGGACAUCUCACGCUAAGUCAAAAUCGGAGGUGGCUGAAACAGCUGCUCAAAAAGCUCAGGAUGAAGCGCAGCUUGCAAGGAUCACUGCCAAAGAGUUCUCACCAUCUACCCAACACCCAGGCAAUGGAAUUGAGUAUCAAAGGCCAAAACACCAGAACUCAACUGAAAAUGAGAUAGACAGAAUUUCAUCAGAAAGUCCACCUCAGGAAGAAAGUCCAGAGCUCUACAGGAAGGGAACAACACCUCCAGAUCUUACUCCAGAACACAGCCCUGUGCCAAGCCGAUCAUCCAGUUCACCAUCAACAUCACCACCAAAGUACAGAAAAAAGAAUGCAAGGCUUGUAAGACAGGUGAAUUUAGAACAUGACAAAGGGCAAGACAUUCAGGUGCUGCUGGAAGGAGGAAGGGAUGAAUACCCAAGACCUACUAACUGGAAUGAUAAGCUGCGAUCGGGCAAUCGAAGAGGAGUAAGCAAAGGAAGCAGCCACUCAAACACACCAUCAAUAGCUGAGGAGAUCAGGGAAAGAGGUACCGAAUGCAAAUACAAACACAGACCCACUGACAGAAAAGGGACAGAGUCACCGACAUUUUCAUGGACAACCUAUCGGUUGCAUAAUCAUGAUUCAGGUAGCCAGCUGCAUGAGCAGGAUGAAGAAAAACUUAGUAACUAUGAAAUGGAAAUGAAGCCCCUACAACGCAUGGAUUCCUACGUGCAAGAUACAUUUUCAGAAAAACACCACAGUAAUUUCAGUUCCAAAAACAUGAUGGAAGAUUAUCAUCCAGACUUUCUCAGCUAUGGAGUUCAGAGGCUAAAACCCACUGUACAAAAUAAAGAGAACUUCAGACCUAUGAGUCCCUCUGAGCCCAAUGUACAAAGGCUGGAGACCUUGAGAAUGAAUGUAAAGCUAGAGCCACGACCAUCAAGACACAAUAUUAGUAUGCCACCAAAUUCAAAAACAGUAACUAUCCAACAGUGCGAAGAGGAAAUGAUGAUUCAGUAUAAAUCUGAUUCAGGCUCCAAUCCUAUUCUGGUUGCUAUGGUGAUUUUGCUAAACAUCAGUGUCGCCAUUUUAUUUAUUCACUUUUUUAUUUGAAUGCCUAUUUGUCAGUUUAAAUAAGAGAAAACAUGAAAUUGCAUAAAAGAAAACUGGUGUACUUCAAUCUGAAAAAGUCAGCUUUUACUGAGAACACGGUCAACUUCUUCACACUUUGCCUUUCCUAGAUAACAAUACUGGAUUAGUCAAAAUUAAUGGCAUAAAUAAAAUAGCUCUGUGGCAUGACAGAAUGAUGAAAUAUGCUUCCCCAUUACUUCAACAAUUUAACGUGCAAUAUUUGAAGAGAAGAACUGUAAACAAACUGCGAGGAAGGUAACAUGACCUUAGUUCUGACAUCAAGAAAUUUAAGACAUCGAUAUGUCCAUUUGGUUAUCGAUGAGGAUUUAUUCUGAAUGUAUUUGAGACACUGAGUUUACAGUAUAUUGUUUUGUUGGUCUACUCAAGUGAAUUUUCAAACUACAAUUUUUUUAUUGUUAUGGAAACAUUCAAAGUAUUUUGAUUAAAAUAAGCUGCACAAGCCAACAAUUAUGCCACAGAAGUUAACUCAUUAGAUUCAUUCAUAUUUAUUUCAUAACAUUUAGCUACUUUUUUUAGAUAUAUUCUUCUGAAGACUGCAGUAGCUUAAAGGGAGAUAGAGAAUAUUUUACCUUUUGCAUAAGAGGUAUUAUUACUGCACCAAACAAAAUAAGAAUCUGUAAAUGACUGUUUUAUUAAUUCAGAGAUAUUCCUGGCUCCAAGUUGACCAUUUGAGAAAUUUAUUUCAUAAUAUAUAAAAUAUAAAUAAAAAUAAUUCUCCAGACAUGAUAAUAUACACCUCUUCAACAUUACACAAGUAUUCCAGGGCUUACUGAAUGAAUUUUGAAUUCAAGAAGACAGUUUUGGACCUGUUGUGGUAUGACACAGAGGUGGGCAGGUGCAGAAACAUAUGUGGUUGGAGACACGCUAGUUCCCUGGCUCCAAGCUGCACCUGGGCCAUUUUUCUGGAGUCCAGAUCAGGAGCACAGGAGGAAGGGUGUUGGAUAACUUAUUAAGGCUACUACUGAAGGCUGACUAGAAUUUUUCAGUGAGCUUCCAGCUGCCUGGAGGCAAUAGGCAUCAGCGUAGCUCUCUGGGUACAGCCUUCCAUGGCUGGAUUUAGGGCCAGCUCUUCAGGGGGGCAUUACAUCUCUUUCUUGUCUUCCUGGUAUCAUUUACAGGCGCAGUUCAACCCUAAACAAUGGUGAGCCGCCUGCAGGGGCCUAUUUUUCUAAACUUUAAAAAAUCUGGGAGAGGAUACAUGCAUCUUCAGGUGUCCAUAAUUACUUGUCCUGUCAUCCACCACUGCUUCCAAGCUGGAAGGCCUUGUGUUGGCUCUCCAGUUUAAAAAGGCCACCUGUUGUUCUUCAUUGUAUGAAGAGAUAGCUUCAGGCUAAUGACAAAUUGAGGGAAAUCUUAAAUGAAUGACUGUUUCCAACCACAGAAUGGAUAUCUGUCCACCAUCUGAGGCUGACUCUUGGGUUCUGAAGCUCAUGGGGAUAAUCCCACCCUGAGACUUGUGGCUUUUGCAUUUGAUUUUUAAACAACGUAUCUUGUCAAUUAAUUUUCAUAGUUCUGUAAACCACUACAAUGUGAGACUUCUUCCAAAGUUAUUGUUGGCAUGAAGUGUUGAAAUUGUUGUCAAUUUACUACUCAAUAAAUUUAAACAUAAACAGGACACAGAAUUAAUAAGAUGCAACAAUGCUGGGGCAAGGAUUGGAUAGUUCGAAAAUUUAGUCUUGGUAGUCCAACAAAAACUUGAAUUGUUAUUGAUACGUUUCUUUGAACAGAUAUCAAUUGUGUUGAAAUUCAGUUUUUCCUAAGUUUAAUAAACAAUUCUUCUUCAAUUAGAUGUUAACAAUUGAAAGCUGGUCAGCCACAGCAGAAAUUUCUAAAUUAUUAUAACCAUACAGGUAUUAUUUGGAUUCCCCUGAGUAAUUUCAGAGAAAAAUUGAUCAUACUAAUUAAUUAAUCAUGGAACAACGGCCACUCUAGAUAUUAACAAUACAUUUAUAACCAGGCAUGAGAUAUUUGGGCCAGAAUUUCAUUAUUGAGGUACAUCCCUUGAGUCUGAAAAUUGAGGCUUGGUUUCAAGAACUCCACUGCACCCAAUUUUCAGGUGCAGCAGGUGGUUUUAGGAAGAGUCAAGAUGUGGGAUGUGGUGAUGAGGGAUACAGUCAGACUUGCCAAUUCCAUAAAGUAGAUUGUAAGCCACCACGGGAGUGGGAGAUUGUUAAGGCAGACUAGUUAGAAGGUCUGUCUUAGCUCCCUGAAACUUUGUCCCAGUUGAUUUAGCUUUUACCCCUCACAUCCAUGGUACUUCAUACCAACUCAUGGCCCACUCGCCCACCCGCAUGUUCCCUCUAUUCAAGCUCAUACCCCAUGCCACAUUCAUAGCUACUCAUGCAGUAUCCACUAUCAGAAGAUCUCAGGAGCCAUGUGGAGGUGAAAAGAUUAAACCGAUAACAAUCAAGUACAGGUUUCACUCAUUCACACAUUUGAUAUUGAUAAAACUCCCAUUCAUGAAAUUCAUUAAAAAAUAUUUUACAUC